AUGGCUCUAAGUGGCAACUGCAGGACUUACCUUCCUCCUCGAGAGCAGGGGACUGGGCUGCACUCCUUCCCGGAGGUAGUGGAGCUAAACGUGGGCGGCCAGGUUUACUUCACUCGCCACUCCACCUUGGUUGGCACCCCUCACUCCCUGCUGUGGAAGAUGUUCACCCCAAAGAGAGACACAGCCAAUGACCUGGCCAAGGACUCCAAGGGAAGAUUCUUCAUUGAUAGAGAUGGUUUCCUUUUCCGCUAUAUUUUGGACUAUCUCAGGGACAAGCAAGUGGUUCUGCCUGACCACUUCCCAGAGAAGGGAAGGCUCAAGAGGGAGGCUGAGUACUUUCAGCUCCCGGACUUGGUCAAACUCCUGACUCCCGAUGACAACAAGCAAAGCCCUGAUGAUUAUUGCCACAGUGACUAUGAAGAGGUCUCCCAAGGCAGUGACACGAGAAUAUGCCCACCCUCAUCGCUCUUACCGCCUGAUCGGAAGUGGGGAUUCAUUACCAUUGGGUACCGGGGGUCGUGCACUAUUGGCAGGGAGAGCCAAGCAGAUGCCAAAUUCAGGAGGGUCCCAAGGAUUUUGGUUUGUGGAAGGAUUGCUCUGGUCAAAGAGGUCUUUGGAGAAAGUUUGAAUGAAAGCAGAGACCCAGACAGGGCUCCAGAAAGGUACACCUCCAGGUUUUAUCUCAAGUUCAAGCACCUGGAGAGGGCUUUCGACAUGUUGUCUGAGUGUGGAUUCCACAUGGUGGCAUGUAACUCCUCGGUGACGGCUUCCUUUGUCAACCAGUACACAGAUGAUAAGGUCUGGUCCAGCUACACUGAAUAUGUCUUCUACCGUGAGCCCUCCCGCUGGUCCUCGUCCCACUGCGACUGCUGCUGCAAGAAUGGCAAAGGCGACAAGGAGGGAGAGAGCGGCACAUCGUGCAACGAGCUGUCCACGUCGAGCUGCGACAGCCAGUCGGAGCCCAGCUCCCCCCAGGAGACCGUCAUCUGCGGCCCCGUCACCCGCCAGCCCAACAUACAGACUCUGGACCGGCCGGCCAAGAAGGGGCCGGUGCAGCUGCUGCAGCAGUCCGAGAUCCGGAGGAAGAGCGACCUGCUCCGGACUCUCACCUCCGGCUCCCGGGAGUCCAACUCCAGCAAGAAGAAAGCGGUGAAGGAGAAGCUGUCCAUUGAGGAGGAGCUAGAAAAGUGUAUCCAGGAUUUCCUCAAAAUCAAAAUCCCAGACAGGUUUCCAGAAAGGAAACACCCCUGGCAAUCCGAACUGCUGCGGAAGUACCACCUAUAG